GGUUUUGCAGAAAAAAAGCGAGAGUUGGGAGGAGACAGGAAAAGAGAUGAGUUAUCUUUUAUCCCCCUGCUUCAAUUAUUCAACAGGAUAUGAAGGAGUCGGGUACUCUCAGAAUAGAUGUCAGGAGAGGAGGGUGAGGGAGAUGGGUACCAAAGCCUGUGUUAUAAGAACAUCUCUGGUUUUACUAAAGCUGAAAAUAGAGGUCAAUGUUGUAAAAACGACUUAUUCCUGCUUUAUUGACAUAGGAUCUGAAGGCUUUACAAAGGCUUAAUACUGGCUCAAAUUGCACAUUUUGGGAAUCUUCCAUGUUGCUUAUUGCCAAUAAAUACUUACCGAUUAGGAUAACUCCACAACGCUUAUCAUAAAAUUAAAGCUCUUAGAUUUGCCAUGAUCACGAUUUGCUGGCGUGGGCCAAUACCUCAACAUGCAUCUUGGAUAAGGAGAUGUGUGCGUGAGAAAAUUACUUUUACGCACGGUAGGCUUACCUACGUACGUCUCUCCAUCAUGACGUCGUGAAUUAGCUGGAGAUUGUAUUGAGAGAGAAAAAAGGGAGGGAGUGUAAGGAUUCGGUGUUUCGUCGUACAUGGGGAAGCGAUUGUAUAUAGUGCGUGUAUUUAUAUGUACAUUAUUCGUUUCUGACUUUUCACCAUACGAAAUUGAAGUAGAUGGCAAUAGACUGAUUAAUACGGUUGCUUUUGACAUUCAAUGUAUAGCCUAUGCAUGGGGACCGGAUUGUACAUUUGUAGCCAUAAAAACAUAGCCAUACAAUACGUUGCAAAGAAGCACAUUUGACCAAAUAAUUCGACAUUUGGGUGUUCCCAAACGAGUCGCAACCGACGGACAUACGGUCAUCUUGAUUGAGCGCGUUGAAAGUAUUUAUUCAGAAAUGGCACAGCUAUUGUUUCUUAUAAUUCUGUAUGCUCUGCCAUCUCUUGUUGUGGCCAUGCAUAAUUCAACAACUGGAGGCUGUGCCAUCAUCCGUCCUCCCAGAGAUGGAGGCAUCCGCUACAGAGGCCUCACACAAGAACAGAUCCGCAAUGUGCAGAUCCUACCAGUGGACUACGAGAUAGAGUACAUCUGCAGGGGGAACAGGGUCAUAGUGGGCCCUAAGGUCAGGAAGUGCCUUCCCAACGGCACAUGGACCGACAUCACACUGCACAGCAGAUGUUUGCUGCUGUGCCCUCGUGUGUGGACGUCCCUGGAGAAUGGGAGGGUGGCGCUGAAGCCCCCUGGGCCACCGGUGGAGGGCACCGUGCUGCACUACAGCUGCCAUGCUGGCUUCAUGCUGGAGGGCAGGAACAUCACACACUGCACCAAGCUGGGCAAAUGGGACUCACCCAAACCUGUCUGCCUCUAUGACAGAAACUACAAAGGCAAGAAGAAACUCUACAUCGGAGCUCUCUUCCCCAUGAGCGGCGGUUGGCCGGGCGGCCAAGCAUGUCUCCCCUCUGCGCAGAUGGCUUUGGAUCUGGUGAACAACCGGACGGAUAUUCUGCCGGAUUACGAACUGGAGUUGAUAUACUAUGACAGUAUGUGUGACCCGGGUGAGUCCACCAAGUUGCUCUAUGAUCUGCUCUACACAGAGCCCAUCAAGACUGUCCUGAUGCCCGGCUGCAGCUCCGUAUCCACACUGGUAGCAGAGGCUGCUCGCAUGUGGAACCUCAUAGUGUUGUCCUAUGGCUCCAGCUCUCCAGCCUUGUCCAACAGGAACCGUUUCCCCACCUUCUUCCGCACCCACCCCUCGGCCACCCUCCACAACCCCACCAGGGUACGCCUCUUCCAGAAGUGGAAGUGGACAAAGAUCGCUACCAUCCAGCAGACCACAGAGGUCUUCACUUCGACUCUGGAUGAUCUGGAGCAGAGGGUGAAGGAGGCUGGGAUUGAGAUCAGUGUGAGACAGAGCUUCCUCACCGACCCGGCUGUCGCUGUCAAGAACCUCAAGCGUCAGGAUGCCAGAAUAAUCGUGGGGCUCUUCUAUGAGACGGAAGCCAGGAAAGUGUUUUGCGAGGUAUUUAAGGAGAAACUGUAUGGGAAGAAAUAUGUCUGGUUUCUGAUUGGCUGGUAUGCUGAUAACUGGUUCAAGAUCAAAGACCCGUCCAUCAACUGCACCAUCGAGAACAUGACAGAGGCGGUGGAGGGCCACGUUACCACGGAGAUCGUCAUGCUCAACCCCGAGACAGUCCGCGGAGCCUCAAACCUGACCUCUCAGGAGUUCCUGGGGGCGUUGAUGAACCGGCUGGGGGGUAAGAAUCCGGAAGAGACGGGGGGCUUCCAGGAGGCCCCUCUGGCCUACGACGCUGUCUGGGCCCUGGCCCUGGCCCUCAACAAGACUGUGGCCCCUCUGAAGGCCAAAGGUCGCAGGCUGGAAGACUUCAACUAUAACAACCAUGACAUCACAGCAGAGAUCUACCGCGCCCUCAACACCAGCUCAUUUGAAGGCGUGUCUGGUCAUGUGGUGUUUGAUGCCCAGGGUUCCAGGAUGGCGAUGACCCUUAUUGAGCAACUGCAAGGAGGCAGUUACAAGAAGAUUGGAUACUACGACAGCUCUCAGAAGAAUCUCUCCUGGUUCGGCAACGAUGUGUGGAUAGGUGCCGGGCCCCCGGCUGACUCGACAAUAGUCAUUGAGGAGUUUAGGUACCUCUCUCAGAAGCUGUUUGCUGCUGUGUCUGUCUUCGCUGGUCUGGGCAUCCUGCUGGGCAUCGUCUGUCUGACCUUCAACAUCUACAACAGCAACGUGCGGUACAUCCAGAACUCCCAGCCCUACCUGAACAACAUGACGGCAGUGGGUUGUAUGAUGGCCCUGGCUGCUGUGUUUCCCCUGGGGAUCGACGGACACCACAUCCACAGGUCCCAGUUCCCUGUGGUCUGUCAGUUCCGUCUGUGGCUGCUCGGCCUGGGCUUCAGUCUGGCCUAUGGCAGCAUGUUCACCAAGAUUUGGUGGGUACACAAUCUCUUCACAAAGAAGGAGGAGAAGAAGGAGAAGAGGAAGCACCUGGAGCCAUGGAAACUCUAUGCAACAGUUGGAGUGUUACUAGCCAUAGACGUCCUGUCACUCAUGAUUUGGCAGAUUGUGGAUCCAUUACACAUCACAGUAGAGAAGUUCACUAGGGAGGCCCCUAAAGGAGACUUGGAUGUCCUGAUUCAGCCCCUCCUGGAGCACUGCACUUCCGAGAAGAUGAACACAUGGCUCGGUGUAGUGUAUGGCUACAAGGGACUGCUGCUGUUGCUGGGGAUAUUUCUGGCCUACGAGACCAAGUCUGUUUCCACGGAGAAGAUCAAUGACCAUCGAGCCGUGGGGAUGGCUAUUUACAACGUGGCUGUGUUGUGCAUGAUCACGGCUCCCGUCACUAUGAUCCUCACAUCACAGCAGGAUGCUUCCUUUGCCUUUGCCGCUCUGGCCAUAGUGUUCUCUGUCUACAUCACCCUGGUGGUGCUCUUCGUGCCCAAGAUGCGCAGGCUGAUUACGCGUGGUGAGUGGCAGUCAGAGCAGCAGGACACGCUGAAGACCGGCUCGUCCACCAACAACAACGAUGAGGAGAAGUCUCGCCAGCUGGAGAGAGAGAACCGUGAGCUGCAGAAGAUCAUACAGGAGAAAGAGCAGAGGGUAUCGGAACUCCGCAACCAGCUGGUUGAGAGGCAGGCCCUGCGCAACCGACGACGGCCCUCAUCCGGCACCAACCAGAACCACAGCAACCCGUCCCCGCCCUCUUCCCAGCCAGACCCCAAGUCUCUCCUGCCCCCACCCGGUUACCCCAACCCCGCGUCGGACAAUCACUCCUCUUUACCCCCCUCCUUCUCCAACUCCUCCAACCUGUACCAGGCAGACAGCAAGAUUAGUCGCAACCACUGUCACAACAGCCAGAUCCCCCUGCUCUACAAGUGAAGGGGGUGGGGUGCUAGAAGAGCCCAGAGCGCACGGAGGAACGAACACACAUGGAGGCACUGUGACUUUCACUUGUUAUGGAAAAAGAGCUCAAGCUACUGAUAUUGACAGAGUGAGUGGAGGCACAUGACAACAGAGGGCUUUUCCAUUCACUACAGGCUGCUGUGAGGCGAGUCACCUGGGGAAACACCAGUCUAUCUCACUGUGGGAACCUGAAGCACUUGUGACUAGUAAUACGAGUUAUUGAAUAAGAGACAAGCACAGCCCAGAGUAACCCUCAGUCUACUUGUGGAGACAAAAAAUGGACAGAUCUCCCUUUUUCAUUCCUCUUCUUUCCUCCUUCCCUCUGUUUUUUUUCUCGUUCUGUCGCGCAGAUGUAUCUAGGAUCUCCGGGAGGACUUUGUGUACUGUGUGUGUGUUUGCUCCUUUUUGACUCCCGUCUCUGCCUAUUUGUCUUCGGUUUGUUGAAAUAGCGAAGCACAUGGUAAUUGAUUAAUAUUGUUAUUACAUAAUGUAUGAUAUGUUAUGUCAUGGAUUCAAUGUUGUGCCCUAUAUUUAGUUCCCAGUGGAUUCAAUUGACUGGAUUUCAUAUCAAAACGCCAUCGAAACUCAAAGUGUAAAGUCAUCCUAACUGAAGGUGAAUUACCAACAUCAUUGCCAUAUACAGUAGAGGGUUUUGGAAUGGACAAACCCUCCUUUUGGGACAAUAGCAAGAUUUUUGUGGAUGUUUUGCUGUAUACCUAUUCAAGUACAGCUUUGUAUAUUCAAUCACAUGUUGGCUGUUGUAUCCGCUUGAAUAGAUGAAACCCAUUUGAUAAGAAAACGGUGUCAUGUGAUAUGUAACCUAAUCCGUUUUCUAUGUACCAUCCUUUUGAACGUUUUCAAUUGGAAUGAAUGGAUAUGUUCCCGACAUUUAGAAUUUUCUUGGUCAAUAACUGUUUUUCCUUAAAGACAAUCUGAAUAUAAAUGUAAAUGUGAGUGUACAUGCCUGCCACACCGUUGGUCUUAUAUUUGACGUUUCUUCCGAAUUUCCCCUCCCCGAUUUUAGCUUUGUACAACCACGUCUGUGAACGUGACGACGAAGAAUAUAUGUAUGAAUAACGGUUUUGUAAAGGGUUCUGACAUGCGUCUACGACAGUUAAUAUAUACGUGCAAUCCCAUUCCUUAGCAAUUUGUCAAAAUGUAUGAAGCAAUGAUAUAACACAGCUUUGUCGGUAAGUAACGUACGAGACGUUACUUUUCCAAAUAGUGUGAUCUCAUGUUGCACUAUAGUUCCAAACAAAGUUUCAGGUCGCGAUUUUGUUGCCGUUCUAAUGACAUACUGUUGCUCAGGGUAUAGGAAAGUGAGAUACACAACUUCUCCAUAGGAAGUUAUUGGAUGAAAUAGUCCAUAUGUAUUAACUGUACAUGGAGGACAUUGGGUAAUAUUGUAAUAUAUGUAUGCCGAAGAUUAUUUAGAGAAAUAUACUCUUGCACAUGUAUGAAUAUACACUGAGUGUACAACACAUUAGGAACACCUUCCUAAUAUUGAGUUGCAGCCCCUUUCUUUUUACCCUCAGAACAGCCUCAAUUGGCCGGGAAAUGGCCGUACAAGGUGUGGAAAGCGUUCCACAGGGAUGCUGGCCCAUGUUGACUCCAAUGCUUCUCACAGUUGUGUCAAGUUGGCUGGAUGUCCUUUGAGCGGCGGACAAUUCUUUAUUACACACGGGGAAACUGUGGUGAAAAAUCCAGAGCGUUGCAGUUCUUGACACACUCAAACCGGUGCGCCUGGCACCUACUACCAUACCACGUUCAAAGGUUCUUCAGUCUUUUGCCAUGCCCGUUCACCCUCUCUGACUGGCUCACAUACACAGUCCAUGUCUCAGUUGUCUCAAGGCUUAAAAAUCCUUCUUUAACCUUUCUCCCCCCCUUCAUCAACACUGAUUGAAGUGGAUUUAACAGGUGACAUCAAUAAGGGAUCAUAUAUCUGUCACCUGGAUUCACCUGGUCAGUCUAUGUCAUGGAAAGAGCAGGUGUUCCUAAUGUUUUGCACAUGCAGUGUAUAUAACUGGAUUUGAAGAUAUUUGUAUACACUAUAUUUACAAUUUUAAAUGUUGAUACAAUAUCAGAUUAUAUGCAUUCAAAUAUAUGGAUAAUCAUAGUUAAAUAAACCCAUUGUUUUUCACUGAA